AUGAUUGUGAUCAGGUGUUGUUUAUUAACGGUAGCCGUGUUCGCGGUUACAUGCACAGCCGCAGCCACUACUACCGCAAGCAAGUCGUCGUCGCCGGAUCUUGAUCUAAGUAAUCUUGGCAAUAUUAAUAUCAAUGACUUGCAAAGCCAGCUACCGGGCGAUUUGCCAAAGACUAACAUUAAAAUUGACGACGCCAAGGAAUUGAUCAAAGACAAAUGCAUUAAGCAGGCUGGCGAGGAAAACGGCACCAAGGCAUUUAAUGAAAUCGAAACGGCAACAAUGACCUUGGCCGAAUGCGUAAACGGCAUAGUCAAUUAUACAGCCAUACAGGAAGAAAUCACUGUUGCUUCGCCAAACGGCGAUUUGGAUGUGGUCUUUAACAAAUACUGUUUGAAGCGUCCCGAGGCCAUGGCUUGUGUCGAGGCCUUCAACUCGAAAUUGACACCCUGUUUGGAUGACGAAGAACGCGACAGCCAGGAUGUUUUCAUGCGCAUCAUUAGAAGUCUUUUGAAUUUUGUCUGCCACAAGGGUGGCGAUCAAAUUGCCCUCUUCAUUGCCGAGAAGGGACCUGAGUGUUUGGAAGCGAACAAGGAAGGUAUACAGAACUGCAUUAACAGCACCUUUUCCGGUUAUUUGCCCGCCGAAGGUAUUGACAAUGUGAAGACUCUACCCAAGCUGGUCAUGGGUGCCCAACAAUGCGAGGAUAUCGAACAGCUGGAGACGUGUAUCGUUAGAAAAUUGGAGACCUGCAAUGACACUACGCCAGCCAACAUUGCCGAAUCGAUGUUCCGGUUCAUCAAGAACGAAACAAUUUGUCGUACAGCCAAAGCCCACAAGCAGACAGGCAAUAGCAGCGGCGCUGUUCGCAAUGCUGGUACUUUAAGUCUACAAGCAAUUUUCCUACUAUUGUUCGUACAGUUAGUAACGUACUUGAAAAGUAAGCAAAUUGUCGUUUAAAAUGUAGGUUUAUUUGCCUUUUAUG